UCGGAACUCUCGACUUGUUUCCAGCCAAAGCGCUUCCAUUCGUUUGACAUUAUCCGCAUUCUCUGGCGCUUGACGCUGCUUCAGAGAUCCGGAAACUCCCCUCCCCAAUCCUCAUUGACUGUCGGCCGGAUCGUCACACCACCCAUACUCCUUUUCCUUCCACGGAAUCUCCUUUCUACGAACUUGGUCGUAUCGCAUUUCCUACCAUUCAACUUCACUCAAUCCCUGCAAACAUGUCUUCGACAGACACUCCUGACCCUUCGACUACGUCGAACUCUUCCUCCAACACCGCUUCUACCAUGACUUCGUCUUCGUCGACUACUUCGAGCCCGUCCCCGGCCAUGUCCAACUCUACCACGGCCGCCUCCGCUUCGGCACGUCGACCUCAGCGGAAGAGCACGCUGACCCAGCAGCAGAAGAACAACAAGCGCCAACGGGCGACUCAGGAUCAGCUGGUCACCCUCGAAUUGGAAUUCAACAAGAACCCGACUCCCACGGCAGCCACGCGCGAAAGAAUCGCCCAAGAAAUCAACAUGACUGAGCGGUCCGUCCAGAUCUGGUUCCAAAACAGACGCGCAAAAAUAAAGAUGCUUGCUAAGAAGAGCAUCGAAACGGGUGAAGGCUGUGAUUCUAUUCCCGAGUCGAUGCGCCAGUACCUGGCCAUGCAAUUCGACCCCACUAAGCCCGGUGCAAGGGACCCCUUUGGGCGCACGGGUGGAUACGGAACCGGUGGUGUUUAUCCCCAUGAGUCGGCUCCUUCUGGCAAAGUUGUUAUUCAUCACUUCACCUGUCGUUCCUUGACUAUCGGUAGCUGGCGACGUAUCGGACAGAACGCGAUGGAUCUGGUGGUAUUCUAUUCCCCUGAGAAGGCUUGCAUGACGUACUACAUCAACAACGAUUCUGCUGGAUACAAGAUCGAGUACCCGUUUGCCUACAUCAAGAACAUCACACUGGAGUCGGGCGACCAGACUCCUCAGGCAAACGGUGCGCCCCCGCGACCUGGCGGUCUUGUCGUUGAGCUGAACCGUCCCCCGCUGUUCUACAUGGACUCCUCCAACUCUGGCGGAUUCUACCAGUGUGGUGACUUCACCGAGGAUCAGCAGGCAAGCCAAAUCCUGGUCCACCAUCUCGGGGGACAUCCCAAGGUUCUCAGCGUGCAACUUGCCAAGCUAGUGUCCCUGGAGUCCUUCCAGAACCGCCUUGCGUACAACAACUUUGCCAUGAACCCGCCCAUGUCUCCUCCGUUUAUCCAGCGUCCUGCAUCGCAGCCGAAUCAAUUCGCUCCGGCCUUCUUGAGCGUGUUCCCCGAGAGCCAUGCUCACCUGAACAUUCCCGCGAUGCGCGGACACAAGCGCCAGAGGAGUCGCUCAGUUCCGGUAGCUGUCGACUUCUCUGCCAUGCAGGCUCCUCUUGCCCACUAUAACAUGCCCCAGACUCCGGCUCAGUUCAACCAUGCGGAUACGGGUAUCUUUGCUCCCGUUCCCCAGUCGACUCAUCCUUUGGCUGUCAACCUUCGGAUAGAUACCUCUGCCUCCUAUGGGUUCGACCCGCGGACACACCCCAUGUCUGCUACCACGACAGCUUCCCCAUCAGACUUUGCCAGCCCUGGGCUUUUCAGCACUGGAGCCGGCGGUGACUCAACUCCUGUUGCUACCAACAUGGGGACCCCCUUCAACCUUCCCUUCGUCUCGCCCGCUGUUGACUCAACCGUGGCGUCCCAAGCAUCUUAUUCUAACGUCAGUCAUGCCGAUCCUAUGAUUGCGAACCAUUCUCCUCCAUUGUCGAACAUCUCGCACGCUCCCCAAGAUAUGUACGGUCUGGGUAACGAACAUCAGCCAAACUACACGGAUGAUGGCAUGUCCAUGAACGGGAUUUAUUCCAAGCAUAACAUGAACUUCGCUGUUCCGGCUUCUAUGGGUCUUGAGACCAACACAUACGAUCUACCCAUGCAGCCCAUGUCCGGCCAUACAUCCCCCGGGGUCCAUGGCGAUUUCCAGAGCCUGAGCCUGGAGAACGUUGAUCCCAACGGCAUGGCCCCUGGCUCCUGAAGCCAGAACAUGCUAUGACCCGUAUUGACUUGGCUGUCUUCGGCCAUCGGCCUAGCCAUAUCUCUAUCUACCCUUGGGUAGCACCGCACAUUGGCGCGGAUCUUCAAAUCUCC